AGUUCAUUGGAACUACUCGAAGAUGAUCUACUGAGUUUUCUAACCCUACUUUAUUUUUCAGUAUUUAAUUUUGAUUCCACUUCCACACUUGGGGCUUCUCAAAAUGCGCUACGCGCAGUUAAUAACGGGCCCGGCUGGCAGUGGCAAGUCGACGUACUGCAGUGCGCUGGUUCAGCACGGCAUCAACACGAAACGAGAAAUUAACGUCGUUAAUCUGGAUCCCGCCGCAGAACACUUUAACUAUGAACCAUUGGUCGACGUCCGCAACCUUAUACACGUACAAGACACAAUGGAAGACGAGGACUUACAGUUCGGGCCCAACGGCGGCCUGCUGUUCUGUAUGGAUUACCUGGUGAAAAAUUCGGAUUGGUUACAAGAACAGCUCGGCAGUCAAGAGGACGAUUACAUCUUGUUCGAUUGCCCCGGCCAAAUCGAGUUGUACACGCACCUGACAACGUUCCGAAAAUUAAUCGCGCUGUUACAAAGUUGGAACUUUAACUUGUGCUGCGUGUACCUGCUCGACGUGCAGUUUAUGACGGACGGCGCGAAGUUCGUAUCGGGCACGAUGUCUGCGUUAAGCGUCAUGGUCAAUCUGGAGUUGCCGCACGUUAAUUUAUUAACGAAAAUGGAUUUGAUAAGUAAAAGCACCCGGAAGCAGCUGGAUCGAUUUUUGGAGCCCGACUCGCACGCUCUGCUAAGCGACAUCGAGCUGAAUCAUUCGUGGUUCAACGACAAAUACAGGCGACUGACGGACGUGAUCGGUCAGCUGGUCGAGGACCAUUCCCUCGUACGAUUUUUGCCGCUCAAUCUAAAUGAUGAAGAGAACGUGUCCGAUGUCCUAUUGACGAUCGAUAACAUAUUGCAGUUCGGCGAAGAUCAAGAUGUCAAAGUGAAAGACUAUGAUGAAGUCGAUGAAGAAAAUUAGUGUGGGUGGGGGGUAACGAUAGAACCUCCCCCAUUUCUCAUGAAGAAAAUUAGUGCGAUUAGGGGUGGUAAAUAAUUUAUUACUUUUUAGCGAAAAAGUGUGAACGAAAAUUGCACAAAAUAUUAAAGUCUAAAAUAUU